CUGAUCUGUGAUUUCCAGGUUUUAGUGCAUUCUUCCAUGAAUACUGUGAAUUUUGUGUGUUAAGUGUUGUUACAAUGCUAGUGCGUGAUAUACAAUGCUUUUAGUUUUAAUGUAUUAAAGCUAUAAGUGUAUAAUGAUUGAAAUUCGCUGUGUUGUUGCAUUUGAUGUGCUAGUUCAUUGAAGGUAUCUGGCGAGGAUUUUACACCUUUGGGUUUUCGGAUUAAAAAUACGCACAAUUCGUCGCCGCCAUGUUCAACUUCAUGAAGAAAUCGAGUGUCCUAGCGCACGACUCCGGCGGCUGCGAAGAGCGCGACGGGGACAAGGACAGGAGAAAGAAGGAGAAAAAAGAACGGAAAGAGAGGGAGAAAAGAGAGCGCAUAGCGGCUGGACUCGAAGAGCCGCUACGGUUGGAAGAGGUUCGACGGUCUCUAAAAUUACGUGGCCGACGUAAAGAAAAGGAAAAACUACCUUCCGGCAUCACAGCCGACUAUACCGCGUCUCUGUUCGCCCAUCUCGAGCAAGAUUCAAAUUAUUCCACCUAUCCGAUCAUUUCGACUUCGGGAUCCAAUUCCAAUCUCAGCGAUGAAAACAACCACCUCUCUCCCGGAUACCCGACACCGCUAAAUAAUUGGAACAAAAAGGAAGGAGUAUUGCAGUCCGACAGUUCGGAGACGUCACUAAAUUCCUUGAAUAAUCCGAAUAAUACUAACAGCAGCCCCCGACAGGCGCAAAAUCUACCUCCGAUACCACCGCGACCACCGAAACGAGGAAUCCUCAAAGGACCGCGUUUAAGCAAUACUAGUUCUAAUUCUCAAGAAAGCAGCGUUCAUAAUACCGACACAGUAGACUACAUGAACGGUCAGGACACUAAUGUUGUGGCACGAAAUACGCAACAAAACGAAGUCAUCUCUUACGGAAUUCCGCCAUCGAAGAGCACCUCGUCCAGUGAUGAUAUGCAACAAAUACAAAACUUUACCAAAAAAGUAAUUCAUAGUCCCAUAGAAAAUCAAUAUAAAAACUAUAAAAAUAAUGCUAACAAUCCAUCAAUUACAACCCAGGAUGUUGAUGAAACACCAAAGACGAACGGCAACAAUUACCUAGGAGUUACUUCAACGUCUCCGAGCGCUGAUUCCUUAACUGAUACAACAACAAAUUCAUCAUUUGCCACACCACCGUUUUCCACCUCACCUGUAGGGGAAUCGCAAGGCUUCCACAGAUGGUCCCGAACGAGUACGUUCGAUGAUGUGUACCUACCGUUACCUCCAUUAAAACCUUUACAACUACCGAAGCCAAGAACGCUGAUUAUCCAAAGACAGAAAGCACCUCGUAAUGAUUUCGGGUUUAGCCUUCGCCGGGCGAUGGUUCAAGAAAGAGUGUUUAUUGGUGAUCUUAAAGAAUUGACGGGUCACGAAGAGAAUGGAUUGGCUAACGGGGACAGUAAAUGUAAUGGUAACGUAAUGAUAGUGUCAAAGUUGACGCAUAAAGCUGUGAUCCUCGCUGAGCCUGGUUCCUAUCCUGGGGCGAGUGAGACUGGACUUCUGCCCGGUGAUAGACUAAUCGAAGUAAACAGUGUUAACGUGGAAGGAAAGAGCAGGGAAGAAGUGAUUGACCUUAUCAAAGGGAGCCAGGACUCUGUUACCAUAAAGGUACAACCGAUAGCUGAGUUGUGCGAGUUGUCACGUCGCCGGGCGGCUGACGGUGUCGAUGUGGACCUUUCUGAUAGCAACGUAAGGGGUGGUACCCUCAGUCGAUCUGGCAGUCGCAGGUUCAAUACCACACAGGCAAAGUCGGAAGAGCAAUUAGCGUGCGAGAAGGAAUGGCUGGCAGCGGGACAUAUGUGGCUGGCACACCGCGGCGGCUUCACAGCCGUGGUCAGAGAGGGCGAUGGCGACACAGGCCGAGCCAAGGUCCGCGUGCUCCACACUGGAGAGACACUCAUGGUUGAUGAAGAUGAUCUAGAAAAGGCGAACCCACCUCAGUUGGAGCGUUGCGAAGACAUAGCUUCGCUUCGUUGCCUGAACGAAUGCGGCGCGUUGCACGUGCUGCGCUCGCGAUACGCAGCAGGAUUGCCGCACGCACGCGCCGGUCAUGCACUCCUGGUACUCGGGCCGCCGAGGCGGACCGCGCCUAUAUACACGGAAAAGGUCGCAGCCAUGUUCCGCGGCUGCCGUGCAGAUGAUAUGCCUCCUCAUGUGUUCGCUGCCGCCCAGUCAGCGCACCGAUGUAUGCUGGCCUCAAGAAGAGACCGUGCUAUCGUAUUUUUGGGAAGGUCUGGUUCGGGUAAAACUUCAGCCAUGCGUCACUGUGUUUGGUACUUGGCAAGUGCAUACCCCGCACAAGGCUCGAAGCUUACGCCCGAUCGCUUGAAUGCGGCUUUUGAUGUUCUUCACGCAUUCGGAUCAAGUCGAACAAGUUCAAAUCCUCACGCGUCUCGCUUCGUUUCGUUGACGUCAUUGGACUUUGAUGGCGGCGGCGCGCUUGUGUCCGCGUCAGUGCAGACCCUGCUGCCUGAUUUUAGACCUGGACAGUCGCCUUUAAGGGCUUUACACACAUUAUUCCACGGCAGCGACGGUCGUCUUCGUCGCGAGUUGUUGCUCGACCAAGCGCCAGUGAACGCUCCCAAUCCAUUCCUCACGAGCACAGACAAGGCAGAAGCACCUGCAGAGUUCUCAGCACUGAAGGAAGCAUUGCACGCGCUCUCUGUUACUGAGCCCGAACAGACUGUGGUGUGGAAGAUACUCGCUGCUAUAUGCCAUUUAGGAUGGUGUGGCGUUACAAAAGCGAAUGCAGGUUCCGGUUUGAAAUACCAGUUCGGCAGCAGCGGGUGCGCGAGCCGUGCGGCGCGCCUGCUGGGCGUGGGCGUGGACGAGCUGUCGCGAGCUGUGUUCGCUCCCCCCGCACCCACCUCGCCCCAGACCGCCACUGCGCUUAGAACGCCUUCACCAUCAAGCGACAGAGAGGUCCCCGGGUCAGAAGCAUUGGAUGCUUUCGUCACUGGAUUGUACAAUGAGACGUUCAACAUCGUCGCUGCUCUUGUCAACAGGAGUCUGUCGACAUCUGCGAGGACAUCAGCGUCCAUCUUGCUGCUGGACACGCCCGGCGCCGACAACCCGAUGUGUGCUGGACAACAGAACGGAGCUCCUCUCUCCAAACUGCUCUCUAAUUAUUUACAGGAACGCUUACAAGCGGUGUUCCACGACGCCAUGCUUGUCGCGCCAAGAGAGAGAUACGCGCAGGAGGGCAUCACCCUCGACGAUGGCACUGAAGAAGAUUGGCUAUCGGAGACAGUAAAUCCCGGACCAAUGGUAGAAUUACUGGACAAAUCGCCGCAGAAUUCUAUAGUGCGCAGUUCACAAGCCGAUCUCAGAGAUUGCGAUCGACGGGGAUUGUUAUGGCUUUUAGAUGAGGAAUCGAUGUACCCCGGCUCGUCAGAUGACUCGUUCCUGGAGCGCGCGCUGACGCACUACGGACCUCCUCAUCACACGCACUAUCUUAUUAAGAAAGCCCCUCAUGCUAGACAGUUUCUGUUACAACAUUUACAGGGUACUAAUCCCGUGUUAUACGACGUGACCGGAUGGGUGAAGGCGAGCCGAGAGAAUCCAGUCACGAAGAAAGCGCAUACACUCCUGCAGGAAAGUCAAAACGAGGACAUAGGUCGGCUAUCGUCGUGGUCGCGCGGCGCGUGCGGCGUGGGGGCGUGGUCUGCCGCGGUGGGAGACGCCUCCACUCUACGUCGCGCCUCCUCUAUACGACGCACGCUUACUUCUGGUACAGCGGGUAUGAAGCGUCGCUCGACAGCACUACAAGCAAAGUUUGUAGCCGAUGGUGUGGUGGACACGUUACGUCGCUGCGGCGCGGGCGGAGUGCAGUUCGUCUGCUGUCUGCUCACCAACCAGCCUACUGAUGCCAACGAUGAUGUUAAUGUGCCGCUACUACGCUCACAGUUCCGUGGCUUUCAACUGCUCGACGCGGCCAGACUCUACAAACAAGGAUUCCCUGAACAUAUGCCUCUAUCAGAAUUCGCAAGGCGAUAUCGUCUCCUGGCCACAUCGGAGAGUGAAACCCAAGAGAACGGUCAGCAGACCGCGGCGUUGUCAGACAGGCAGAUCGUCGACGACAUGCUGCUCGCGCUGGACCUCGACGUCACCAGCUACCGCCUCGGAUUGACACAGAUUAUGUUCCGCGGCGGCGUGGUGGGCGGUUUGGACGCGCGCCGCGACGCCGCGCUCGCUCGAGUGCUUGUACGCUUGCAAGCGCGUGCCCGCGGACUGCUGGCACGCCGCCGGGCGCAGCGGCUACGGACACAGCACACCGCAGCACGAUGCGUGCAGCGCAACGUGCGCGCGUUCCUGGCGGUGCGCGACUGGCCGUGGUGGCGGCUGCUGGUGCGAGUCACACCACUCCUCGCCGUGCAUAGGACGGAGCACAGGCUCAAGCAAGCGCAGGAAGAGCUGGAAACUUUACGUGCAAAGUUGGACAAAGUCGAAGGCGAGCGUACACACUAUAAGGGCGAAACUGAAAAACUGGAAAAUAAGCUAUCAGAGGUGGGCGGUGAGUUAGCGGAGGAGCGUGCGGCCGCCGCGUUGGCCAGCGAGCGCGCUGACGCCGAGGCUGCAGAACGGUUAAGAGUUGAAAGGGACAAUAGAGAUCUGGUCGCCAACAACCAACGGCUACAGCAGGCGUCAGAACGUCUAGAACUAGAAUUACUCCACUGGCGUUCCGCUGAGAACGGAGUCGAGCCAUCGGAUUCCGAAGGUUCUGAAGCUGAAAGUGGCAUCGGCAGUGAGAAGUACAAACGGCGCUACGAGCAAGCGCACAGAGAGUUGCAACUGCUGCGCGCGCAGCUACGCCGACAACACGAAGAUGACCUGGAACAGCUGGUUACGGUCAAGAAGCAGCUGGAAAAGAAGGUGCAAGACGCGUACGAGGAGGUGGAAGAGCAGCGCGCGGUGGCUGCCGGCUGGAAGCGCAAGCUACAGAAACUCACAAACGACAUGGCGGACCUCAGAUCAUUGUUAGAUGAACAGACGUGCCGCAACAACCUGCUGGAGAAGCGUCAGCGCAAGUUCGACGCGGAGCUGCAGGCCGCCAACGAGGAGCUGAAGCGCGAGCGCGCCACACGCGAGAGACACGCGCGCGACCGCGACCAAGCGCUCGCCGACAAGUACGCGCUCGAGCAGACCCUCUCCGAAGCUCGUUUGGAGCUGGAGCUGAAAGAGGAGCGACUGAGCGCGGCGACACGCGAGCUGGAGGAGCGCGGGGGCGGCGGGGACGAGCUGGCCUCGCUGCGCCGAGCACGCGCUGACCUCGAGCGCAGGGUGCGCGACCAGGAGGAGGAACUCGACGACCUCGCCGGUCAGAUACAGCUUCUGGAGAGCUCUAAGUUGAGGCUAGAAAUGUUGCUGGAGCAGCAGCGCAAGGAAGCACGGUUGGAGGCGGCCGCGCGUGAUGACGAGAUGGAGGAGACCAGAGCUAAUGCCGCCAAGAAACUUAAGAUGCUGGAAAGUCAGCUGGAAAGCGAGCACUCUGAGCGUAGUUUGUUGCUGAGAGAGCGACACGAGCUGGAGCGUCGCCUCGCCGCGCUGGAGGAGACCGCGCGCGCUGAGACACACGAGCAGGCCCAGCUAGUGCUACGACUCAAGAGAGAUUUAAAGAGAUACAGGGCACUAUUACGCGAUGCUCAAACGAUGCUCGAACAAAAAGAAAAAGAAGGAGGAGCUAAGGCACAGAUACGACAACUCAAGAACCAGGUGGAAGAUUUGGAGCUAGCUCUCCGUGCGGCGAACAAGGCGCGCUCCACAGCGGAGGCGGAGGCUGCGGAGGCGAGCGCGGCGCUGGAGGAGGCGUCACGUGCGCGCGCUGAGGCCGCAGAGCGCGCGCUCACCGCCUCGCGAGAUGCCGCCACUGCACGUGCAGCACUCGAUGACGCUGAGGAGGAGGCAGCAGAGCUGUUGAAGAAGUACCGCAGCAGCACGAGCGCGCUGUGCGCGGCGCAGGCGGAGGCGCGGGAGGCAGUAAGUCGCGCGGAAGCAGCGGCAGAGGAGGCGCGCCAGGCCAAGGAGCGCCUCGCGGAGGUGACGCAGCGCCUCGCACACGCUGAAGCCGGACACACGCACGGACACAGCGAGGCCGAGCGACGACUCGAGAUGAGGAACAAAGAGUUGGAAUCUAGCUUAGAGAUGGAGGCGACGUCACGAGCGCGCGUUGAGGGACAACUGGCGAGACUACGGGACGCGCACGACGCGCUCGCCGCGGAGCUGGGCGCAGCGCGCGCACGCGACAUGCAUGCCGCUGACGAACUGCGCAAGUUGCAGCGAUCCAUUAGGGAACUAAAAGAAGAGAACGCUUCGCUGACGUCGCGCCUCGGUGAGGCAACAAGGGCACGAGCGACGGCGGAAGCGGCGGCGAGUGCAGCGGCCAGUGAGGCGGCGGCGGCGCGCGAGGAGGCGCGGCUUGCAGCGCGUCGAGCGCACGCGCUGCAGGAGGCCAUCGCCGGAGACCUCUCCAGCAACAACGACCGCGACUCCGACACUGAAAACGACAGCUACAGCUCUGACGAGUCAAUAGGCACGUUCCUGGCGAAUCACAAGCUCAGCCCAUCCGCGCCAUCGCGGAACAGCGUUCAUCUAGACUCACAAAAAUCUCAAACGCCGGAGGGUCGUCAUAGCCGCAGCAGCGCGGGCUCGCUGGGAUCCAAGCCGCAGAGUCCUGCCAAAGAGUCGUACGCAUAACCCGCGCCCGCCGCCGCCGGCCUGCUCACGAGCGCGCUGCCCAUGCUGUGCGCCGUGUUCUGCUCGCGGCAGCGCGACCCCCUCGCGCUACAGUAGACACUCGCGACUACACGACACCUGUCUUUUGAUACAUUAAACAUACAGAAAGCACACCUUACAUCGUACAUAAAAAAAUGUCGCAAUCAGCUGAUGAAAACGUCAAAGAUAAAAAAUAAUCUUCGUCGUAAAAUGUCAAAAAUUUCUAAGAUUAAAAAUAAACGUCAAAGAUUAAACUAGUCUGUUUUAAAAUAGCUGCAAAAAAGUCAAGUGUUAAAUGUCAAUGUGACAGGUGUCAAUCGCGAAGUGUACGGACAAUAGUGAUGUAUUCCGGAUCUAGUACGGUCUGCCAUGAUAAAAGUAAGUUUUCUGAAUUUAUAUGAGUAGGUACGUUUUCCAUUUUGAAUCGUUAGUGUGGUUAUAAUACGAUUUAUUGUAUUACUUGUAAAAGUUUUAGAAAGUAAAGUGGAUGCUUAUGCAAAUGGUAACAACUUUUGCGCUAUUUAACUUAUAAAGCUGCUUGAAAUUGGCAAAUAUAUGAUUAAACUUCGGGAAUUUUUAAUCUGCUCAAAUAUUAGAAGUAGCGGUUCAAAAAUAUAUGCUUUAUACAGGAUAAUCAAUUGACUGACAAAAGUAAAAGUGUCAAAAGGACACAUUGUACUGAAAAAGAUUUUAACGGUAUUAUGUUUGACAUGAUGGCGCUAGUACUUAGCCAAGUUGAAUGAAGCUCUAU